UCCAUCUCUCUCUCUCCCUCUCUGUCUCUUUCUCUCGUACACACAGGCGCGCGCACGCACGCACAGGGUCUCUCUCUCUCUAUCUAUCUCUCUCAGGAACACAGGAUCUCUCCAUCCCUCUCUCUCUCUCUCUCUCUCUCUCUCUCUCUCUCUCUCUCUCUCUCUCUCACUCUCACACACACACACACACACACACACAUGUGCACAUGAUAAGCAACAGCGGAUUACAACCUCCAGCGGCCGCGCGCGCAUCUGCCUGGAUGUUUAUGUAAUUUAGUCUUUCUUCCAUCUCCAGCUUCGGGUCAAAGAGACGACUUCCGUUUUUCCCGCACAUCUGCUAUUUUUGUAGCACUGGCUUGGCUAAAGUCGCCGUGCCUUAAUAUGCGCCAGGUUCCCGCGCCGUCCCUUUAACCCGAAAACGAAUGGGCUCUGUCACCCCGGCUCGUCACAUCAAUACAGAAUAAACCCGUGUGUUGUCGACAGGACGCCGCCGGUCACUCCACCGCGCGUCUCUGCGCGCUCGACCUUUAACGAUGACUGGCGAGGACGCGCUGGCGUUCACGGCACCGUUGCGGUCGCCUGGCCCUGUGAAGAUCCGCUGGAUAUGAAAGUGCAGCCACGAAUGCGUGUGUGAGAGAGGGUGUGUGAUCGAACAGGAUGGGUAAAGAACAGGAGCUCUUACAGGCGGUUAAAACGGAGGACCUGGUUACUGUCCAGCGCCUCCUGCAGAGACCCAAACAUGGCAAAGCGAAGCUCCUGGGGGCUGCUAAGAAGGUGAAUGUGAACUUCCAGGAUCCAGACGGGUUAUCCGCCCUUCAUCAUGCUGCUCUUAAUGGUAACGUGGAGGUGAUCGCAUUGCUGCUGGAGUCUCAGUCCAUUGUUGACAUCAAAGAUCAGAAAGGGAUGCGGCCGCUCCACUACGCUGCUUGGCAGGGCAAGUGCGAGCCAAUGAAAAUGCUGCUCAAGGCGGGCUCAUCGGUGAACAGCCAAUCAGAUGAGGGACAGAUCCCUUUACACCUCUCUUCACAACACGGACAUUAUGAAGGAAGUGAGAUGCUGCUUCAACAUCAGUCGAACCCGUGCCUCAGAGACAACGCAGGGAAAACUCCUCUAGACUUGGCCUGCGAAUUCGGAAGAGUCACGUUGGUCCAGUUGCUUCUGAACAGUAACAUGUGUGCUGGUAUGUUAGAACCCAAACCCUCCGAUCCCAAUGGCAUCAGUCCGCUCCACCUGGCUGCCAAGAACGGGCAUAUUGAGAUUAUAAAGUUACUAAUCCAGGCUGGUAUAGAUAUAAACAGACAGACUAAAUCGGGCACAGCGCUGCAUGAAGCCGCUCUCUGUGGGAAAACCGAGGCAGUGCGGCUGCUGUUGGAUAGCGGCAUAAGUGCGGGUGUGAGGAACACAUUUUGUCAAACCGCACUGGACAUCGUUAACCAGUUUACCACAACCCAAGCCAGCAAAGAAAUCAAACAGAUGCUCAGAGAUGCAUCAGCUGCCAUGCAAGUGAGAGCGUUGAAGGAUUACUGCAACAAUUACGAUCUUACAAGUCUCAACAUUAAAACAGGCGACAUCAUCACGGUCUUGGAGCAGCAUUCAGAUGGACGAUGGAAGGGCUGUAUCCAUGACAACCGUACAGGAAAUGACCGCGUGGGAUACUUUCCAUCCAACAUAGGAGAAGUCAUCAAAAGAGCAGGUCCCUCGACCCAACAGUAUCUUAAGAUACAGAUCCGUCCGCCAGCAAUUGGUUCAGUUGUCAUGGUGAACGGUGACUCCUCCCACAUUUUUUCUCUCCCCCUCACCCCUCCUCCUCAACCCACCCUGCCCUCUUCCCAUCAACCCCUGUUCACCUCAUUUGGCUAUAAUAUGCCCACCUGCAGCACAUUUGGGUAUGAACCAGCCUCCUCCUGCUCUGAGGAGCCACAAAAAGAGACAGGCUCAAGAGGAUCUGUGUCCAGUCCUCAUGGUUCUCCAACCCUCAGCGGUCAGCAGAGCAGCGCCAAUGAAGAUAUUUGGGUGCUGAGGAAACCUUUAGCAGCGGGGGGCAGUGUUGGAAGUAUGGGCAGCACAGGCAGUCUAACCAGUGGACGUUCAUCUACAAGCGUGCAAAGCAGUAACGCCAAUGCUCACCUCACCAACUCACCUGUCCCUGUGCCGACCACACCCACACAUUCACCUGCUGUUAACACACACGGCCUCAAUGUCCCGGGACUACACGCCCAAGCCGAAGGUGUAAAGCUGUUGGCCACGGUGCUGUCGCAGUCAGCCAAAGCAAAAGAACAUCUUAUGGACCAAUCACAAUCUUUAGAUCCAAAUGCAGCCUCUUCUCAGCAGACUCAAAGCACAUCUGGUCUCCCGCGGCAACCCAAGAAGAAACCCUUUGUGGAUCCGUUGCUACAAAGGAAAGAUGAAGCCUCGGCUGAGAGCAAGAGCUCGGAGGCUGUUGUUGAAUGGCUCACUAGUGCUCAGUUGCAGUUUUACACAACCAACUUUCUCACUGCUGGUUAUGACCUGCAAACCAUUAGCAGGAUGACACCAGAGGACCUCACUGCAAUCGGAGUGACAAAACCAGGACACAAGAAGAAGAUGCUGUCAGAGAUCAGCAAGAUGAACAUCCCGGAUUGGAUACCUCAAGAGAAACCGUCCAGUCUGGCGGAGUGGCUUUCGGCGAUUGGCCUAAAUCAACAUUACCAGACUUUGGUCCAGAACGGAUAUGAAAAUAUGGACUUUAUUAGUGAUAUAACCUUGGAGGACCUGAAAGAGAUUGGCAUCACUAAACUAGGGCACCAGAAGAAGUUGAUGUUAGCUGUCAAACGUCUGAGCGAACCACAAUCAGAAACAGAGACAAUUAAGGAGAGCCAGUUAGAAGAAAGCACAGACUCGAAGGAAAGCACUACAGAAACCCCUACAAGCACAACAGAACCGGAUGUGAACUCUGCCCCCGCUGUUCGAGUACGCAAAAGAUCAGAGGGGCGUAGCUCUCCCCGACACAGCGCUCAAGGGCGUGUCUUACAAAGAGCAAAUGCCCCUCCCCCUUUAAGGAGGCCUGGUUCAAUCGAUAGUCCCACCCCAACACCUCCACACACACCAACUAAAGGCAAAACCACCUCUUCUAAUUCAAGUUCUCCCUCGCACACCCCUUCCCCUCUGCAGAAAACGCAAGCCAGGACCAGAGGACCCUGCGACUCUCCACGUUCGCAGGCCCGUGCCGUUCCAGUUCUUUGCCUCCCACCUGAAGGAGAAAUCGAAGGGGGUCAAGCUUCGCCCCAGCCGAGGCACGUACAAUCCUCGAGUACAGAUUCAGAGCACGACAUGCCCUUGCCAGAUGCUUUCGUAAAAUAUGCAACGCUGGGUGGACAUAGGGCCGGCCCCAGUGGCUCUCCGAGAAGCCCUGGUGGUGAUACCCUCGACAUCAAUAACGUCAAUCGCAGUCAGUCGUUCGCUACGGCAAGGCCUCGAAGAAGGACUCGACCCCCGACUCCGCCUAAACGAUCCUGCUCUUCCAUCUCGACCGGUAACCUAGCCGACAACGCAGCGGUGAAUGACGGAUCCAGCGAAAAUCGGGCUAACAAUUUGCUGCUUAAUGUGACGUACAGAGAGCGCCGGCGUAGCGACUGCGGCAUUGCCUCCGAGAAAACCUCAUCCGGUGGCAGCGUCAGGGAUAUUGCAGCCAUGCUUGAAAUGUCAAAUCUUGGAAGCAGUGGUAAAGGAAGUGCCAGUGGUUAUUUACAGGUGAGCCAUAACCUCUUGCGGCAAAACCGUGACGUUCUAAAUUCCGAUCUGGACAGUCGCCGGCGCACCAUCGGCGGAUUAGCAGAUCUAGCCGAGACUAAAAAGCAAACAUAUGAUGAUGUCUCAUCACAGAUGAAUCGAGCCACGCAGGACAGCACACAUCAUAGAUCAACACUCCCAAUGGAACAGGCCCCCGAGCCACGCCCACGUUCUAUGAUUACUCAUCUGGAAGAAAGCGUUACCUUGCUGCCCCAAGAGGAGUGGUCGCGGAUGGAUGCCACGGCAACAUUAAGAAGACCGCGCUCACCGCAUCACUCACAUGGUGAAAGUUUUAUCCUAACAGAAAGCAGCACAAUAAGGAGACGGCCCAAAGCAUUGGCUUCACCGCAGAGUAAUGGAAUGAAUGGAGGUCGGAUGGAAGAUGCUAGAAGAAGGCCUGCAUCAGAAGCUUGCGUUGGCGAUGGUAGUAGAGAGGAAGAGCUACAAUCUGAUGGCUUUGGAUCUCUUCCUAGACAAAUACUGAAACCUCCAGUUUCACCUAAACCAGCAAUGGCUAUUCGAAAAUCAGAUCCACCAACUCCUACAAGAAGGGUCCCUAUACCUGGACCUGAAGGUCAAGAAAGCCCAGUUGAAAUUAAGAAAGUUCCACCUCCAGUAUCUCCCAAGCCAAGCCCGCCUCCCACACUGCCCAAACCAGUGAAAAUCAAGUCGGUCCAUAACAUCGGAACCUCCGGUUCCCCUCAGGCAGAUGUUCUCAGCCCAUCCAGUGCCUCUACCGCAGCUGAACAAGCCACUUAUCUAUCACAGAUUUCCAGUCCUGUAACCCCAAAACCAACAGACACACUUUUCCCACGAGCGACCUCUUCUCCGGCUCAAAGCCCACAGACGCCCCAGACCCCCCAAACCCCACAAACACCCUCGACACCUGGGUCAGGCUCAGCUCCGGUGAAGCCCCCAAGAUCAUCUAUGGCUGGUCUGUCAGUGGACAUCCCCAGCCCUUUGGAAGUAGACCUGCCCGGGUUGGAGAUUGCGCAGAAGCGCAUUAAAGAAGUUGAAAAACAUGAAGAUGACCAAACUGUGAAUUUAUGUUCCUCAGAAGAAAGCCACUUCAUGGAGAUGGUAGAAGGGGUGGGGCCGGUGGUUAUGAGGAGGCGGAAGGUGGGCGUGGCCAGACAGACACAGGUGGAGAGUGAACCACAAGAUGCAGAUGCAGAGGAAAGCCAAGGGUUAUUGAAGAUUGCUGAACCGGGUAUCUGUGCCUCAGGAGACAUGGUACAUCUCAGACUGGAGGAGACCAGCGCUUCCCUGGCUGCUGCUCUGGAGGUGGUGGAGGAAAAGAUUAAAAAGGAUGACAGCUCCAUCGUGGACAAAAAAAGCACAGUGAAUAUCCUGGAUGACAUCGGCAGCAUGUUUGAUGACCUGGCUGACCAGUUGGAGGCCAUGUUAGAUUAAAAAAUGUUUUCCGAAACAAUUUGCCGUCGAAAACCAGCA